AUGGGUAUCAAUAAUCCCAUUCCUCGCUCACUGAAGUCCGAAAGCAAAAAAGCUGCCAAAGUUCUUGCUAGUUUUGUCAAGCCCAACCAACUUCUAGGUGCAGAUGCAGUGAUCCCACCAGAUGUGCUAAAGCGCGCCAAGGGCUUGGCAAUCAUAACAGUCUUAAAGGCGGGAUUUCUGUUCAGCGGGCGUGCGGGAUCCGGCGUGAUUGUCGCGCGCUUAAAGGAUGGCUCAUGGUCUGCACCAUCGGCAAUUGCUCUCGCUGGUGCAGGGGCGGGCGGUAUGAUUGGUUUCGAGCUCACUGAUUUUGUUUUCAUCCUUAACACGGAUGAUGCUGUCAAAUCCUUUUCUGAGUUUGGCACUGUCACUUUGGGGGGAAACAUAUCAGUUGCGGCCGGUCCGUUGGGCAGAAAUGCGGAAGCAGCUGCUUCAGCUUCGCUGGGAGGCAUUGCAGCGGUUUUCUCAUACUCCAAGACCAAAGGAAUAUUUGCGGGUGUCUCUCUUGAAGGGUCGGUAAUUGUUGAAAGAAGGGAGGCAAAUCGUAAGAUUUAUGGUGAGAAUUGCAAGGCCAAAAUGAUUUUAUCGGGCCGUGUCAGAUCCCCGCCCGCCUCGGAUCCUCUUUUCAGGGUUUUGGAAUCCCGUGCCUUUAACUACAGCAGCAGAACGAGAGACUCGGAUUUCGACAACGAGUUUUAUGAUGAUAUUCCCUCUUCAUUCGAUUCCACGGAUAUGGACUCUCAACGGCCUAAUACAAGGUCUACACGGCGAAGGGGGGAAUCGGUACAUUCCCAAAGAUCUUAUAAUGAUGACUUUGAUGACUACUCUGGUGAAAGUGACCCGAACGAUGUUAGCGGCUAUUAUUCAAGAGCAAGAAGUCAACGGACGGCGACUCGUUGGGAAGAUGAUGUUUAUGAUAGAGACGUUGAAGAUGCUAGUACCACAUUGGGAAACGCGAAAAUGUCAAAUGCGCCCGUUAGACCACGGAGUGAGAAGCCAGACUUUGGGCUUUCAUCUUCGCAAGCGGGACCCCGAAGCUCGAGACAAGCUUCGUCAGGGGCGCCUAAAGCUGUGGCUCUAUACUCAUUCAAGGGCGAGCAAAGUGGUGAUCUAUCCUUUCGUAAAGGAGAUGUUAUAUCCAUAUUGAAGAAAUCUGAGUCCCAAAAUGAUUGGUGGACGGGUCGCAACAACAGUCAAGAAGGAAUAUUUCCUGCUAACUAUGUUGAGUUGGUAUGA